CCGGGCGCGCCGGGCCUCGGUCCCCGGCCGCCCCCCGGCCCCGGGCCGCCCUACGCGCUGGGCUGCGGCGGCGCGACGCGCUGGUACCCUCGGGCGCACGGCGGCUACGGAGGCGGCCUCAGUCCGGACACCAGCGACCGGGACUCACCGGAGACAGGCGAGGAGAUGGGCCGAGCCGAGGGUGCCUGGCAGCGGGGCCCCGGGCCGGGAGCGCUGCAGCGAGAGGCAGCCGAGCUGGCGGCGCGGGGCCCGGCGGCCGGCGCGGAGGAGGCGGCGGAGCUGGCCGAGGCCCCCGCCGUGGCGGGCGAGGCGCGCGGCGGCGUUGGCGUGGGCGGCGGUCGCAAGAAGAAGACACGCACGGUCUUCUCGCGCAGCCAGGUCUUCCAGCUCGAGUCCACUUUCGACCUGAAGCGCUACCUGAGCAGCGCGGAGCGCGCGGGCCUCGCCGCCUCCCUGCAGCUCACCGAGACGCAGGUCAAGAUCUGGUUCCAGAACCGUCGCAACAAGUGGAAACGGCAGCUGGCGGCCGAGCUGGAGGCGGCCAGCCUGUCCCCGCCGGGCGCGCAGCGCCUCGUCCGCGUUCCGGUGCUUUACCACGAGAGCCCCCCGGCCGCCUCCACCACCGGGCCCCCGGCCGCCGCGCUGCCCUUCCCGCUGGCGCCCGCCGCGCCCGCGCCGCCCCCGCCGCUGCUUGGCUUCUCCGGGGCCCUGGCCUACCCGCUGGCCGCCUUCCCGGCAGCUGCCUCCGUGCCCUUCCUGCGGGCGCAGAUGCCCGGCCUGGUGUGA